GAAAGUAAAAUGAAGGAGGAGAGAAAGAGAAAAAAAAUUUCAGGUAACUUUUACCUGGAAUAAACUUGUUGCUUUUUAUUUAUCUUGUUAUUGUGAUUCGGUCAACAUUAAGUUGGAUUUUAAUUCUUAUCACAAUUUACUAAUUGCUACUCAAUGUUAACCAUGCACUGGAUUUAUUGGUUAAUUGUUAAUUCAUUGUUUGUACCCUAUGGAUUUAUGGUUAAUUGUCAAUCAUUAUCUUCUUCAGUAAGUGAUCAAACUAAUAAUUCAAAGUUAAUUGUUUCAUCGUCAUCAUCGUCCAAAUGUCAACCAAUUUGUUUGGAAUCAACAAUUAAUCAAGGAAAAACUGAUUCCAACAAUAAAUCGGAUAAUAUUAAGGAAUCAAUCACGACAAUUAAGGAUAAACCAAUUGAAAAGUUAAUUGUUGUUGGUGAUAAAGUUGACGGUUUACCGGAACCGAUUGUCCAAGGAAACGGAAAUGGUCCAGAAGAAAAGGUUCAAAUUGGUAAGUCGAAAAGUGAGUCGAAUGUCCAAUCAGAUUCCACUUCGACUUCGACCGAUGCAAAUGGUCAAAUUCCUUGGAAUUCAAGUCGACGAUCUAAAGCUCCAAUUCGUCCGCCCAAACUAAGAUUUGGUUCUAAACCGAUUCCGACCAAAACUCGACGAAUCUCUUAUGGCUCUAUGGUUAAACCUCGAAGUGUCGGUAAAGAUUCUGAUCUGAUUCCACUUUCGUAUAAAAAUUCAUCAUCACAGGUUGGAGGACAUGAUAUCCUUGAGAUAUCAUCAUCGGAAAAACGUACCUCACGAAUGAGAAUUGGACCUGAUGAACAAUAUUAUCAACUUACAAGUGGUAACUCUUAUUAUCGUCAUCAUCACCACCACCAACAUCAACCUAAUCCACUUGAUCACCAAUCAAAUGAGCAACCAUCUAGAGUGUUGAGAAUACGUAAUUCAGGUAUUACAGGUCAACAAAAUGAAGAGAUUUUAUCACCAUCUUCCGGAUUAUCACCACAAUCAUCAUCAUCAUCAAGUUUAUCUCCAUCGCGUGUUAAUAAUUCCUUGUUGUCAUCGUCUUCCCCUUCCAUAACACCAAAUAAUGGUGACACUCGAAGUACUUCUCGAAACAUCCCCAAGCUGUUAUUACCCAAAUUCUCACGACCUGCAAUGUACAGUUUAAACGGAUUUAUACCUAAACCCAAUUUACAACGAUUAUCAACAACAUCAACCAGUACAACUGUUAGGCCUACAUAUAAUUACCGGUUAAAUCGUAAGGAAUCAGCACGAAGCUACAAUUUGGACAAAAACAAUCAAAGAAAGUAUGAAGUUAAACAUCGUCAAAGUUUAGAGGAUUCAGAUGAUUUAAAAAUCAGCGGAAGUUCAAAUCGUUUAUCGAAACGAAAAGGAUACCUGUCAACAAGCUCUAAUAAAUUGGGAACAUCAAUUAAUCAACUAACCAGUAGCCACUCAAGAUCAAAGGUUGGACGUCGAGGUGAACCUGGUAAAGAUUUUCCAAUAAUCAAUACAAUUCCAAAAACUUCAUUUGAUUGCAAGGAUCAUAUUGGUGGAAGUGGAUUCUAUGCCGAUCCAGACGGAUGUCAAGUUUGGCAUAUGUGUCAAGGUCAUCGAAAACACUCAUUCCUCUGUCCAAACGGAACCAUUUUCAACCAGAAAUCCGGUGUUUGCGAUUGGUGGUACAAUGUCGACUGCGAGGAACCCGUGACACUUUUAACUGUCCCAAGCGAAUCGACAAUUCGACAGACCAGAAGAUCGGGUUCAUCCAGUUUAUUCGAAUCCGUAUUGAUGGACAGAAAAGAAACUUUACCAUUGAGUUAGGAAUAAGAAG